UUUGUUUUUGAAUGAAUGGUCAAGGCAUCACCUGCGCUGGGCGUCCAUGGCAUUCAUACUGUCACCAUGAGGAGGAAGCUGACUUUAUGGGCUCGCUUCUGUCUCGUCUUGGCUCUGCUGCCUUCACAAACAGCCUCUGUUGCAGUCAUGUCAGUUGACCUGGGCAGUGAGUGGAUGAAAGUAGCUAUAGUAAAACCUGGCGUGCCAAUGGAGAUUGCUCUAAACAAGGAGUCCAGGAGGAAAACGCCAAUAGCUGUGUGUUUAAAAGAAAACGAGAGACUUUUUGGAGACAGUGCAUUGGGAGUGUCUGUGAAGAACCCCAAAUUUGUCUAUAGGCAUCUUCAGAGCCUCCUUGGCAAGAAGCAUGACAACCCACAGGUGGCGGUCUAUCAGAAACGCUUCCCCGAGCACCAUCUGGUGACAGAUGAGAGUCGGGGCACAGUUCUCUUUAGCAACUCGGAAGAAAUGCAGUACUCUCCAGAGGAGCUCCUGGGCAUGGUUUUGAACUAUUCACGUGGACUUGCUCAGGACUUUGCAGAGCAGCCCAUCAAAGAUGCAGUGAUCACCGUCCCAGUCUUUUUCAAUCAGGCAGAGCGUAGAGCAGUCCUGCAGGCCGCACAGAUGGCAGGUGUUAAAGUCCUUCAGCUCAUCAACGACAACACGGCGGUGGCACUCAACUACGGCGUCUUCAGGAGAAAAGACAUCAACAGCACAGCACAGAACAUAAUGUUCUAUGACAUGGGUUCAGGCAGCACAACGGCAACCAUCGUCACAUACCAGACAGUCAAAACCGAAGAGUCUGGUUCCCAGCCACAGCUCCAGAUACGAGGAGUGGGGUUUGACCGCUCUCUGGGGGGCUUUGAGAUGGAGCUGCGGCUGCAGGACCACCUGGCCAAGCUAUUCAACGAGCAGAAGAAGACCAAGAAGGACGUGAGGGAGAACCACCGGGCCAUGGCCAAGCUCCUCAAGGAGGCCCAGAGACUCAAGACUGUGCUGAGCGCUAAUGCCGAAUUCAUGGCACAGGUGGAAGGGCUGCUGGAUGACAUGGAUUUCAAGGCCAAGGUGACCCGUGUGGAGUUUGAGACCCUGUGUGCUGACCUUUUUGAGAGAGUGCCUGGCCCUGUACAGGAUGCCCUCAGCUCUGCAGAGAUGUCCCUGGAUGAGAUCGAGCAGGUGAUCCUUGUGGGUGGCUCCACCCGAGUGCCUAAGGUGCAAGAAGUGCUGCUCAAAGCCGUUGGGAAAGAGGAGCUAGGGAAGAACCUCAACGCAGAUGAGGCUGCAGCCAUGGGGGGUGUGUACCAGGCCGCUGUCCUCAGCAAGGCCUUCAAAGUCCAACCUUUCCUGGUUAGAGAGGCAACCGUUUUCCCCAUUCAGGUGGAGUUCACAAGUGAGAUGGAGGAGGAUGGUUCCAGGAUCCUGAAGCACAACAAGCAUAUUCUGUUCCAGAGGAUGGCCCCCUACCCCCAGAGCAAGGUCUUCAUCUUCAACCACACUGACGACUUUGCCUUCAACAUCAACUACGGCGAUCUCAGUUUCCUGGGCCAGGAAGACCUCAGUGUCUUUGGCUCUCUCAACCUGACCACAGUGCAGCUGUCUGGGGUGGGCAGCAGCUUCCAGAAGCACACAGAUGCUGAGUACAAGGGCAUCAAUGCCAGCUUCAACAUGAACGAGAGUGGCGUGCUCCUCCUUGACCGGGUGGUGUCUGUCUUUGAGACCGUUGUGGAGGAGGAGGAGUCUACUCUGACAAAACUGGGAAAUACAAUUUCCAGCCUGUUUGGAGGGGGAUCCUCGGAACCCAACACAAAUGUGACUGAACCAGUUCAGGAUGAGGAGAAGGUUCAUCCGGAGUCUGUGAAGGAGCAAGAGGAGGCUGCGCCCCAGGAAGAGAAGCAGGAGCCUGGGGAGGAACAACAGCAGCAGGAGGAGGUGGCCCCAACCCACGAGAAGACUGAGGGAGUAGACAGUAAGGCUGACCUUCAGGAUGAAAAGGAGGGAGCCAAAUCUGGAGAAGAGGAGAAAACGACAGAGGAAGCGGCAAAGACUGAGGCCGGGAAGAAAGCCAAGCAUCAGAAGAAAAACGAGAUCUAUGAGGAUGUCACAGUGGAGCUCCAAGUGAAAGACAUCCUUAACCCUCAUUUAGAAGCCAUCACCUCCUCAAACAAGAAGCUCCAAGACCUGACUGAUGGAGACCUGAAGAAACAGGAGAGGGAGAAGACACUGAACAGCCUUGAGGCAUUCCUUUUUGAUACCCAGGAGAAAAUGUACCAGGAGGAGUACCAGGCAGUGGUGUUGGAGGAAGAGAAGGAAAUCAUCCUGGCCAAGCUGAGUCAAGUGUCGACCUGGAUGGACGAGGAUGGCUACUCUGCGUCCACCAAGGAGUUGCGGGAGAAGCUGCAGCAUCUCACAAAGCUGUGCAGGGCCAUGUUCUUCCGUGUGGAAGAGCGCAGGAAGUGGCCUGGCCACCUGGCCACCCUGGAGAGCAUGCUCAACCGCUCCAGCUUCUUCCUCAGGAGCUCCAAACUUGUACCAGAGGAUGACCGAAUCUUCACUGACGUGGAGCUGAAGAUGUUGGAAAAAGUCAUCAACGAGACCUCUACGUGGAAGAACAACACAGUAGCUGAACAGGAGAAGAGUUCUCCCACGGAGCCGCCUGUGCUGCUGUCCAAAGACAUAGAGUCCAAGUGGGCUUUGCUGGACCGCGAGGUCAACUACUUGCUGAACAAGGCCGCCAAGCCCAAGGCCGCCAAGCCCAAGGCCGCCAAGCACAAGGCCGCCAAGCACAAGGCCUCCAAGCCCAAUAACAACAGCACCACAGAGAGCAGCAGCAGCAAGGCCAACAGCAUCAAAAUGGAAGAGAAAGUCAUACUUCCCAAUGAGGAGACCAAAGACGAAGAGGGCACUGAGGAGGUGCAGCAAGAGGAACCGCCCAUCAAAGAGCCCACUGGACAGAACACAGACACACUCAGCCAAUCAAAGCCUACAGAUAAAACUACAAGGACAGAACCAACAGAGAAGAAACAGUCAGAAAACCACAAAGGGGAUGAGUUUUAACAGCUGGAACGAGAUGUCAUUGUAUUUGUUGACUGUUUAAUUGUUUCCUACAUAUUUCGGGUGUUUUGUUUUUCCAGCCUUUUAUUUUGAAAACUGUAAAGUCAUUGGAUCAGCUCAGACUUCUUGAACUGUCUUAUUCCCACUACCUACCUCUCGUUCUCACUUUCUGUUCACCUUCAUCUCCCUCUGCGGCCGAACAUCUUUCCCCUCUUACUGACAUGAGCAAGGAGCGCUGACUAAGCCUGGAAUAACCAGCGAAUGAAAUGACACAAGACUUCAAGUUUGUAUUCUACCAUCCUGCCCUACAGGUUUAGGCAUACUUUCCCACAUGCAAACAACUACUUGGACAACUGUAUAUUUGCCCUGCAUUGAACAAAGAAGUGUUUAGUUUUGGUAGGACUAAUGAUAACAGGACUCAAUGUUUCCUCCACUGGAACUCUGUUGCAUUGCAUCAUUUGUCGCUUUCUGAGAUCAGGAAGGGUAGUUAUGAUUUGACCUCUCAAGCAGGCUUGUUUUCACGUAGGAAGUCUUGCUUUUAUUUUAUUUUUUUGUGGGUUUGCACUGGUUGUUGAGAAAUAUAUCAAAUGGGCUGGAGCUAAUGUAUGCUCUUGGGAAAUGGAAUGGGUUUUAGUUGUAUUUGAAUAUUGAAUGCCUUAAUACCUUGUAUUGUGGCACAUAAACAAUCUGUGAUUGUGUGUGUAUACAAUAUCCUACAAAGGGGGAAUUGAUUUGUCAUCCAAAUAUUACUGAUGACCAGUCGUUAAAUGUGUUCAUAAGUGUAAAAUCUAUUUCAUGCUUUUCAGAACCUUCUUGCCAUGGUCUUCUGACAAUUCAUCAAUGAAUUAGCUUGAGGGAAACAUUUUUCACUGAAGUACAUCUAUCUUGAUUUCUAGUUUCUCUAAAUUGUACUCCAAUACAUAAAGUUAAAUAAACUUCAAUUAUCAAGGUGUAAUUUGGGCUUGCCGUUGGUUGUGUUCAGUAGGUGAACAACAUAAAAUGGCAUUGAUUAUCGUUUUGUUAUGCUGUGCCCUACUGAACACAACCCUGGUCUGCACUGACAGAAGUAGAUAUUAUCCACGUCUCAAGCUGCUUGAAUCUCUACCAGAGGAGUGUGGUUCCUGUUCUUCGCAUCACCUCAGAUGGUUUGAGGGGGAAUAAACUAACGGAUUGGGGGAUGCCAAUGCUUUUCUUUCUAAACUGUUAAUAGUAUUUUUUUUAAAUAUGGUGAUGAAAAGUGGAAUGUUUUUGUUUUUUCAAUCCGUGUCUAAAAAUAAGAUGUGUAUUUGAAGACCCACGUCAUCUAACAAAUACAAAUGUACCGUUGUAA